CUCGAGCGCUGCUGUUAGUUUUUUAUGCGAGGAACUCCCGAGCUACUUCGGCAACCCGUUAUAACGGUCGACAUGGCGACCGAGGAAAUAAUCAAGCGUUUUCUUAAGAAAAGAUGAAGAUAGCCGAUUCUCCACCAGAAUGAGUUUCUGGUUUCACACCAUGUGAUGAUCAUCCCGGACGUGUGAACUUAUUCAAAAACUCCUGUGUUGAGAAGAUUUUUUGAUUCCAGUGGAAUCUUCAAUUUUUUUCUCCCAAUCUAGUUUGUUCCUUUUUGUUAAAUGAAACACCCAAUCACACACAGACACGCACGCACACCUUGGAGAAACCCCCUCACCUUUUUUUACAUGUAGAUCACCCUUGCUACGAUGCCUGUACAAGCUCCACAAUGGACAGAAUUUUUACUGUGCCCAAUAUGCACCCAAACGUUCGAAGAGACGGUGCGUCGGCCCAUCAGUCUGGGUUGCGGCCACACCGUUUGCAAGAUGUGCCUCAACAAGCUGCACCGCAAGGCCUGUCCAUUCGACCAGACGGCCAUAAACACUGACAUUGAGCAGUUGCCCGUCAACUCUGCCCUGUUACAGCUGGUUGGGGGUCAGGUGUCCAAACAGCAAACUGUGGAACUCAUUACCUGUCCAGAGGACAACAAGCAUUAUGAUGAGGCACGGCAGUGUGUUGAGGAGCUGGCCCUCUACCUCAAACCCCUCAGCAGUGCUCGAGGAGUGGGGUUGAGUAAUGCUGCUCAGAGCAUGCUGAGCCGCCCCAUGCAGAGGAAGCUGGUGACUUUGGUGCACUGUCAGCUGGUGGAGGAGGAGGGCAGAAUCAGGGCCAUGCGGGCAGCCCGCUCUUUGGGCGAAAGAACUGUCACAGAGCUCAUCCUGCAGCACCAAAACCCCCAGCAGCUCUCCUCCAACCUGUGGGCUGCUGUAAGAGCCAGAGGCUGCCAGUUCCUGGGCCCAGCCAUGCAGGAGGAGGCACUAAAGCUGGUGCUGUUGGCAUUGGAAGAUGGAUCUGCUCUUUCCAGGAAGGUUUUGGUCCUCUUUGUGGUUCAGAGAUUGGAACCAAGGUUUCCUCAGGCCUCCAAAACCAGUAUUGGACAUGUAGUUCAGCUCCUAUACCGUGCCUCCUGCUUCAAGGUGACUAAACGAGACGAGGAUUCAUCGCUAAUGCAGUUGAAAGAGGAGUUCCGCACGUAUGAGGCACUUCGGCGGGAACAUGACUCUCAGAUUGUUCAAAUUGCCAUGGAGGGAGGACUCCGCAUCGCCCCCGAUCAGUGGUCCUCUCUGCUCUAUGGAGACCAGUCCCAUAAGUCCCACAUGCAGUCCAUUAUUGACAAGCUGCAGACACCAGCAUCGUUUGCUCAGAGUGUGCAGGAGUUGACCAUCGCACUGCAGAGGACGGGUGACCCCGCCAACCUCAACCGGCUAAGACCUCACCUCGAGCUGCUCGCUAAUAUUGACCCCAGUCCAGAUGCUCCUCCACCGACCUGGGAGCAGCUGGAGAAAGGGCUUGUGGCAGUAAAGACGGUGGUACAUGGCCUAGUGGACUUCAUUCAGAACCACAGCAAGAAGGGUGCUGACACACAGCAACUGCCCCAGCACAGCAAAUAUAAGACCUAUAUGUGCAGAGACAUGAAGCAGAAAGGAGGCUGUCCCAGAGGAGCAAGCUGCACCUUCGCCCAUUCACAGGAGGAGCUGGAAAAGUACCGUAAAAUGAACAAACGUAUUGCAGCACGCGUGCCCUGUUCUGCUGGCUUGCUGCCUGAUGAGGUGGUUUCUCUUGAGCCUGGGCGGAAAGCAUCAGCUCUUACCAAUGGCAUUGUGACAUCUGGUCCUGGGACCCCUCUCCCCCAGCUCAUUCCCAGAGGUACAGACCCCUCUGCAUAUGACCUCUUACCCAAGCCCAAGAUGGAUUCUAGCCUGAGUGCUUCUGGGUCACCACCUGACUGUUUGGAUAAAUCUGGCCUGGCCCUGACACCCCACCCUGUGCCUCACCCCAGGGUCGAGCACUUAUCCAUACACAAGCAGAUGCCAGUCAUGCCCAGAGGUGCACCACAGAUGUAUCCACAACAGCAGCCCGAGCUCUUCUACCCAGAGCCAGGCAGACCUCCUCCCUCAGGAUCUCAGUAUGAUGCUCAGUACCCAGCAGGCAACCCCUACCCUUAUCAACAUUCACAGUAUGUACCUUCCCGCUACAUCCGUAACCCACCUCCCCUGGGCGAGUCUGCAGUGCCCCCUUACCCAGAGCCCUACACAGGUUAUGGCCCAGAGCGCCAAUAUCAGGGCCACCACUCUGGUCCACCUUUCUCAGCCCACCCCUACGCACCAUCCUCCCAUUAUAGCCGCAGACACGGACAUUAUCCUGCACCCCCACCUCCGUUUGCCCCUUCCAGAGGCGACUUGGUCAGGAUGAGCCCGGUUCCUUUGGACGUUCCCCCAGCCCCUAUGCCUCCACCUCCAACAGGGUCUGCAGGGUCUCUGUACCACCCCCAGGAGAUUUUAUCCCGAGACAGAUACCCACAUGAUGGGUACUAUACUCCUGGACAACACCCCAGCCAAAUGAGGUCCCACAUAAGAGACCCAUACAGCCGCUCUCAGCCCAGUCUGGACGACUUGCACCGCAGGCGUAAGGAGCUGCUGGUCCAGCUGGAAGAGAGGAAAGUCAUCUCUCCUCCACCUUUCGCUGCCUCCCCCACCCUGUCCACUCACCCAUUCAGCAAUGACUACCCUCAGGAGUAUUUGGAGGAUGGGUCUAAAGCCUUUGGAAGUCGGGAGCCGGACUAUGCUGGGCAGUAUUCCCCCUGGUCAUGUGACACCAUAGGAUCAUACAUUGGCUCCAAGGAUGCUAAACAAAAAGAUGUCAGUAGUGCUGCGGAGAUGAUGAAUGCAGAAGCAAAAGUUCUGCGCGAGCCUCCAUUGGACACCCAGCGACGCUCAGCAGAAGCCAAAGACGACGACCCCAUCAUUCCCUUUGGUCCUCUGCCUACAGUGUCUCCCUUUGGAGCCAUUUCACGCACCUCUAAAACGGGUUACCAGACCACUGGGCCAGUACAGGCCAUGGCCUCCUCACAGGCCUCGGGCUCCAAACACAUGACCAUGACAGCAGACUACUCGUAUGGUAACCACAGUGGUUGGGGUGGAGCAUCGUACCCUCAACACCAGAGCAUGAACUCUCAGGGACACUUCAGCGAGCGUGUGCCCGUGUCUGGCCCUGAUCGUGAGCAGCUCAAGAUUGAACUACAGCAAGUCAACCAGCAGAUCAACCAGCAGACCCGUGGCAUGGAGGCUGCCAGUAACUCCAUGCUCCUGCAGAGGGAGGCGUGUGCGCUGGCAUCUCAGCCUGCGCCGGCGGUGAAGUGGUCCUCAGGUGGUGCUGUGUCCAGUGAGCAGCUAAGCAUGGAGCUUCAUCACGUAGAGCGAGAGAUCGGAAAAAGAACCCGUGAAAUUGCCAUGGAGAACCAGGUGGCCCAUGAAUACAAGCUGAAGGCCACAGAGAACGGGCAGCCUGACCAUAAAGCCCAACUGGAGGAACUCUCUUUAGCUUUGGGUGAGGUGUCUAAUGGAUCCAGUGGCAUGAAGCCAGCCAGUAAUGUGGGUGGAUCUUUGCUGUCUCUGACCAGUAAGACGUCUUCUCUCACCCUUUGCUCACCAGAGCAAGCGGCGAGUAGCUCAGACCUUCAAAAGAAUGGUGUUGUGCACUCUUGCUCAUAAGAGUGUAUUUACACACAUACACUCACACAAACAACCUCACCACCUCCAAAGGUCAAUUUCUUUCUUGGUGGGCUUAAAAACAUCUCUUGACUCAUUCAGCUUCAAAGACGUAGGAUCAUUAGAAUGACGUCAACAUGCAUUUUGUAAUAUUCAGACAGAGCUAUGAUGCUGAGGGAUGCAUUCUCACACAUGCGCACACACAUUUGCAUGCUGCUACAUGCAUGCACAAACACGAACUUCUCUGUUGUUUUAUUUAGAGAAAUGAGCAGUAUCUGCCGUGAUAUAAAUUUUCUUUCUUUUUGUUCUGUGAAUGAGCUUUUUGUUUUAAAUGACUUCUCAUCCCCUGGAAACCAGGGCAUCUGAGCAAUGCUGGCUUUUUGUUGUGUUUCCCUUAAAUCGACAAAGAACAGUAAGCCCGAAGCUAGCAUGGAAAAGAUGACGCAAAUUUGAUAAUUGUUGGAGUCAAAAUAAGAAUCAAACAAACUGUAUUUUUAACAUUAGGGCUAGUCGGGGCCUCUGUUGAACUCCUUGGAUCUAUGCAGCCUUGAAUAUGAUCUGACUCACCUGGUUUCAAGUAGCAUGGAGAACCUUUUGUGAAUCCAUUUUUAUGGACCGUUAACACAGGUCUCCCCACAUGAAACGCAACCGUGGCAGUGUAUCGCUGUAAGGCAGUUAGACUGAACUCUGGAUAACACAAGGGAAGAGAUAUUUAAUCGGUUGUCAGGUUUAGUUUAAUUUAUGGUUUGGCUAUAUAACUGUUAAGGAAUUUAUAAAUGUACGAAAACUAACGCACUCUGUUUUAUAGAAUGCAAACAAAUGUCUUUAAAAAUGAGCACUUUUUUCAAUGUUUUUCCAUGAGUGUAUGCUUUUUAGUUGAGGAGGUGCAACACUUCAAGUCCCUUGUGUUCUUCAGAGCUUUGUGGUUUGGGAUGAUUUUCUUUUUCCUCCUACUGCCACAGUUAUUUUAAGAUUUCAGCCUAUUAGGAAAUAAUUUCAUCAGUUUCCCCUAACUUCUGUGAAGUUGCUUAUUCGGCUCUCCUGGUUGAGUUUGCAUAUUCGGGUCUUGCCGCAAAAUCGCUGCAUAGAAAUAUAGGGUGCGUAGUUUAAACCAAACUGGGUCCCGUAGAGUUACAGUUUUGACACUCUGGAGAAAAUUCCUGAAAUUUGCAUGAAUAAAAAUCCUGAUGGGUUUCCAUCCAUGUGUUCAUAUUAGAUUAGCUAUUUUAAUGUCUUUAAAAUUACAUAGAUCUGUAAAUGACCUCUUUAUAAAUUCGUUCAUUUGUUCAGAAACAGUUCUCCAGAGACAAUUACGAAUUUCUGCAGAAACAUGAGAAGCAAAUUUCUGUGUAAAUAGCUUGUUAACACCAUUCUUGCAUAAACAAUUGCAAUGAAUUGAAUGCGACGGUGUACGUAGGGAAUGGUUUUACAAACGAUUUACACAAUUUGUUUUGCGCGUUUUAUGAAGGAGGCCCAUUGAGUGUGUUUUUACACAAUCUAUUCAAUGACUGUUUAAAAACAAGGCCCCAUAAAACAAAGAGAACAAGAUUAUUUGAAGUCUGAAGUCUUCCUAUAGUGAUGACAUUCUUCACGUGUGACAUUUUGUUCAAGUCUCUUGAGACCGACUAUUAUAUACAGCUCCAAUUUUGGGUGCAACCUCUUAACGUGUAAUCGUUGUCAUUUUUGUGCUAUAGCCAUGGUGAUUAUAGUUGAUUUGUCUUAUUAUUAGUAUGACGAUGACUUGUCGUCAUCGGCAUUAUUUGAUUUUCUUGCUCGUGACAGAGCACACAGCCUUUUCAAGCAAUCGUCAAGAUUGAAGUCGAGCUGUGCUGACACGAAGAGAUGACGUCGACCCUCCUGAUGAGGUGUAAACUUACUGUGUGAUGUUAAUCACACUCGCUUAGCAAAUUCUCCAGAAUAUCAUCUUUUUUUAUUGCUAAAUUGUUACCUCCUCCCACUCCUUGAAUAGGAAAUACAAUUCUCUAUGAAUUUUAGUAGCGUUUUCCAUGCUGUUGAAGAUGAAAAAUCCCGUGACCUAAUUAAUGCCUUGCCUGAUUUGAGAUGUGCGGUGUAGGGCUAGCAAAUGAUUUCUCAGCUGAGCCUCUUGUUUCCUCUCUGGUGAAACUGGCCCCUGACUAGAGCUUCAAGAUCUUUCCAUCUGCCCUUAAAAGUUUUAGGAUUUAUAGUAUCCUCUAAUUAGAAAAUUGGGUCACACUUCACCCCAAAAUAAAAAACAUCUAAAAUUUUAUUUUACAUAAUGUAAAUUAAGCAGAUUUUUAGGGCCAUUAAGUUUUUUUUUUGGUAUUGUGGCAUUAUUUUCAUGACAAUUUAUCUCAUUAUCGUAAUAUUUUAGGGAAUUUUACUUUUUAAUAAUAAUAAUAAAAAAACAAAAAAAGUCCCAUUAUUUUCAAUGGGGAUUCUCAUUAGAUGCAUUGUAUUGCAGUACAAUUUUUUUGUAAUUAAUUUCAGUAUUAUAGUAAAAAUCACUGUAACAGUUAUUUUAUUUAAAUCAGCAUAAAUUAACAGCAGUACAACAACUUCUACAAUAACAUAUAAAUACUUUGCUUAAUGGUCCUAAAAAUAAAAGUAAAAUCUAAUUUUCUUUUUUACACAAGGUAAUUGAAGCCGAUUUUAAGGACCAUUAAGAUGUCCAUUAAGAUUAUAUUCAUGACAUUUGAGUUCAUUAUUGUAAUAUGUUAAGACAUUUUGUAAUACUGAAAAAAAUCUAAUUUUCAAUGGUGAUUUUCAUUAGAUGCAAGUAUUACAUUCAUUAGAUACUGUAGUACAAUAUUCCAACAAAAAAUUACAAAUACAAUUUAUUAAAUCAGCAUAAAUUUAAAGGCAGUACAACAAAUACCAACAUUAUGUAUAAAUGCUUUUUUUUGCAUUACUGUAAUGAGAAUUUGAUUUGUAUUAUUAGUCAUAAAAAUAAUGGCUCAAUUCAUAAAUUGUUAAUGUUCCUAAAAUAGGCAUAAUGUUCUUGAUGCAAAAUGUAAAUUAGUUAUUUCUUAUUUGGGGGUAACAUUUGACACGGUGAAUACACUUUGGAUCACUCUUACAUGCCACCUCACCUAUCAUUUAUCCAAUAAUAAUAAUAAUAAUAAUAAUCCAUAUCCAAUCAUCCGUUUCUUCAAUGAUUUCCUUCUGAAUUAGCCAAAUUCAUGAAAACAAUUUUUUUAAUUAAACUGAGGAACAUUGCACCAGGAGGAUAUAAUACGCUCACUGAAAUCCCUUUAUUUUUAAAUGGGGGGGAAAGGAAAUGAUUGCUUAUUGCUUAAACUUUCAUAGGAUAUGUUCAGAAAGUGGCUACUCGAUAAGUGACAUCGAUAAAGGCAUAUGAACCUGAUUUACCACAGUACAUGGCAAGGCUUGGUAUACGGAGGAAAGGAAUUUUGCUUAGAAUUGUCCUCCUCCAGCUAAAUUUACAGGAGCUUUGCUAACAUGCUCCAGUCAGCAUAAGUCACCAUCUUUUGUUCUGUACUAGCAUGGUGAGCAUUUGAUUUCGCAAUGCUAAUCGCUACUAUGACAAGUAAACAGCACCUGACACAUUAGCCAACGCUUGGCGGGUGUACUGAUACUUUUUCGUUUGGCUUUUAUAGAGUGCCCAAAGCUGUACUACAGUAAGCAUUCUCGAGUGAUGCAUUGCCAGUGAUGCUUUUUAUUUUAAUCUUUGGAUUAUAUGGGAAUGUGCUAUCUUGUAUUUAAUAUUUGGCACUUGCUUGGGUGCUAUAGAGCUUCAUUUUUUUCUCUAAAUAUCAGUGAUCUCACUGAGCUAAUUACUUCUGCGUGGAUAUUUUUAGUUUGUUUCACGAUCAUGUCAACCCUCUUAACGGGAAAAGACUUGGUUAGGCUCAUUUACAGUUUCGUGCAUGAGGUUUUUUCCCUCAACAGAGAAAUUGCAGGAUAACGUGAUUUUCUUUGAGAAUGGGUCUGUUCCUAAUAGAUGAUAUUCAUUUCUCUGCCUUGAUUGUGUCUGUUUUGAACAGACCUGUUGAAUUCAUUUAAAUGAAAAGCAAAUUAACUCAUUUUGAAGCUUAUAACACUGUUAUGGCUGUGUCUUUUUUUGUUUUAUUCCUAACUUUUUUGGGAAAUGUAAUGGCUUUUUUAUGAUUACUUCCAAGUUGUCUUGUAAAAUCUCUUAAAUUAAGGUACAGGCUCAAUUUCAACAAGGAAAGGUUUUAUAUAUAAAUAUAUAUUAUACUCCAUUAAGGAAUGUUUAGAACCAUCUUACUCCAAUGUGGAUGUAGCCAUUAUUACGCCAUUUUAUGACUUUGUAAAAGAAUUCACUGUGUGAAAAUUGGUUUGCAUUUUUGUAUAAUACAAUCUGCUUUUUUUCGUUUGUUUGAAAGGAAAGGGAGGUGAAACUGGAUGUUAGAGGACAAGAUUUUUAAAAAAUUAUAAUUUAACAUAAACCUGUGAUAUUAAGAAGAAAAUGUUACUUGUGUACAACAAUGAAUCUAAAUGAGAGGGAUGGAAUAAACAAUAUUGGGAACACUGCUAUAAAAAUGUGAGUCUCUGUUGUUUUCUAUUCCUAGGAUUUCUUUUGAUGCCAGCACUAAUAUCAAGAUAUUUAUCAUGUUUUUCUCAAAUUGAAGAGUGUUCAAGUUAUAUAGAAUAAAUACGGUUUUUGGAAAGGAGUUAAAAUUAA